AUUUUUUUAAAACACUUAUUGAGAAAGAGAGGUUUUAUUUUGAAAUUGGCCGGAAGUGUCGUGCUCGCUGUUGCUGCCAUCGUCCCGUGCCUGCCGCCGCUCCCCCCGGUUGGUCAGCUGACCGUCGGCCGGUCUGGUGACUGUCAGACCCGCCUGAAGCUCUCACUGAUCCGGACACCCGAACCACCAGGUCGAGGCCGGCCUGUGUCCCCGUCCCCGGAGCUCCUGACCCGGCCUGCCUCCUGACGUCGCCCCGCUGUCGGCCGGAUCUAAACAAGCCGAGCUCGUCGCGCUCCGAGUCGGCCGCUCUCACUCCGCUCCUCCGGCUGGUUCCGCUCCGAGCUCGGUCGGCUGGUCGACUCUCCCCGAGCCUGUGUGACCCGAGCCGGCCCAGCCUGCUGCCAUGGCCGUGCUGGACCUGGCCAUGCAGGGCCUGGCCGUGUUCGGCUUCGUGCUGUUCUUCGUGCUGUGGCUCAUGCACUGCAUGUCCAUCAUCUACGUGCGUCUCCACCUCCACAGGAAAAGGUCAGAGGUCAAACAGCCGUUCCUGCAGCUGGCCGGAGUUUCUCUGCUGAAGCCUCUGAAGGGCGUCGACCCCAAUCUGAUCUCCAACCUGGAGACGUUCUUCACUCUGGAUUACCCCAAGUAUGAGAUCUUGCUGUGCGUCCAGGACCAGGACGACCCGGCGGUGGACGUCUGUAAGAAGUUGUUGGGGAAGUAUCCGGGCGUGGACGCUCGGCUCUUCAUCGGGGGAAAGAAAGUUGGAAUCAACCCCAAGAUCAACAACCUGAUGCCGGGCUACGAAGGAGCCAAGUACGGGCUGGUGUGGAUCUGUGACAGCGGCAUCAGAGUGAAACCCGACACCCUGACGGACCUGACCCAUCAGAUGACCGAGAAGGUGGGCCUGGUCCACGGUUUGCCGUAUGUUGCCGACCGCCAAGGCUUCGCCGCCACGCUGGAGCAGGUGUAUUUUGGGACCUCCCACCCUCGCUCCUACAUCUCGGCUAACGUGACGGGGAUAAAGUGCGUGACGGGGAUGUCGUGUCUGAUGAGGAAGGACGUGCUGGACCAGGCCGGCGGGCUGGUGGCGUUCGCUCAGUACAUCGCGGAGGAUUACUUCAUGGCUAAAGCCAUCGCAGACAGAGGCUGGAAGUUCUCCAUGGCAACGCAGGUGGCAAUGCAGAACUCCGGGUCCUACUCCAUUGGCCAGUUCCAGUCUCGCAUGAUCAGGUGGACCAAGCUGAGGAUCAACAUGCUUCCUGGCACCGUGCUGGAGCCCGUCUCUGAGUGCUUCCUGGCCAGCCUCAUCAUUGGCUGGGCCGCUCAUCACGUGUUCAGGUGGGACAUGAUGGUCUUCUUCAUGUGUCACUGUCUGGCCUGGUUCAUCUCCGACUACAUCCAGCUGACUGGAGUUCAGGGCGGCCCACUGUGCUUCUCUAAGCUGGACUUCGCCGUGGCGUGGUUCAUCAGAGAGUCGAUGGCGGUGCAGAUCUUCCUGUCGGCUCUGUGGGACCCGACCAUCAGCUGGAGGACCGGCCGGUACCGGCUGCGCUGCGGAGGCACCGCCGAGGAGAUCCUGGACAUCUAGUUACCACGGCAACCGUGGGGCACCACCAUCCUCCUCGUCAGGACGACGAGGAGACGAGAGCCAGAAACUGAAGAGAGUGUGUGUGUGUGUGCGUGCGUGUGUGUGUGCGUGUGUGUGUGCGCGCGUGUGUGUGCGCGCGUGUGUGUGCACGUGCGCGCGCGUGUGUGUGUGUGCGCGCAUGUGUGUGUGCGCGCGUGCGUGCGCGUGUGUGUGUGUGUGCGCGCGUGUGUGUGUGUGUGUGCGCGCGUGUGUGUGUGUGUGCGCGCGUGCGUGCGCGUGUGUGUGUUUUUUAACUAUUUAUGUUCCUUUUGGUGCUAAACUAAAUGAUGCCAGAACAAACCAAUGAGAGCGCAGGAUGGAGGGAGUGACACGUCGCACUGAUCUUCAAUCAACCAAUCAGGAGGGAGGAGUUAAACGUCCUCUCUCCUCAUUGGCUUAUUUCCUUCUUCUUCCUGUUACCUUCAAGUUAAAUGUUUGAAAAUGACUAAAAUAAUAUGAACUGAAGUCUUUUAUUUUGAAAGGUUGAUGUGGGCGUCAGUCAGUCAGAUAUUUAAACGAGGAAACGACCUUUCCAGGAACUAAACCACUUCCUGUUGCAGGACUGAAUGUUUGUGAUUGGUCAGACUCGUACUGAACGAACAGGAAGUCAGUUUUUAUUUCCUGUCUCAAACAAAUGUGAAUUCAGUCAGCCAAUGAGGAGCGAGCGUGGCUCAGAUUACAUUUCAUAAUUAGAUUCAAACGUAAUUCUAAUCGUUCAAAUCCUCAAACAACAACACGAACACGCCAACGGUCACGGUGCCACAGAAGUAUGGAGGCCUGCCAAACAUACGUGACCAACACGUUAACAUGUUAACAUGUAACCAACACGUUAAUGUGACCAACACGUCAACACGUUAACGUGUUAAUGUGACAACACGUUAACACGUUAACAUGUAAAUGUGACAACACGUUAACACGUUAACAUGUUAAUGUGACAACACGUCAACACGUUAACAUGUUAAUGUGACAACACGUUAACACGUUAACAUGUAACCAACACGUUAAUGUGACCAACACGUUAAUGUAACAACACGUUAAUGUGACCAACACGUAAACACGUUAACAUGUAACCAACACGUUAACAUGUAACCAACACGUUAAUGUGACCAACAUGUUAACACGUUAACAUGUAACCAACACGUUAAUGUGACCAACACGUCAACACGUUAAUGUGACAACACGUUAACAUGUGUCCAACACGUUAACAUGUGACCAACACGUUAACAUGUGUCCAACACGUUAACAUGUGUCCAACACGUUAAUGUGACCAACACGUUAAUGUGACCAACAUGUUAACAUGUGUCCAACACGUUAAUGUGACCAACACGUUAAUGUGACCAACAUGUUAACACGUUAACACGUUAACAUGUGUCCAACACGUUAAUGUGACCAACACGUUAAUGUGACCAACACGUCAACACGUUAAUGUGACCAACACGUUAAUGUGACCAACACGUCAACACGUUAAUGUGACAACACGUUAACAUGUGACCAACACGUUAACAUGUGACCAACACGUUAACAUGAUAUUCACAUGUAGAUGCAUUGUGGACAUGUCAACGCAUUGUUAACGUGGUGUGUGUCAAACGCUGUGACUGCAUGUUUACUCGUAUUAACACGUAAACGCGUAUGCCAGUGUGUCGUUGACGUGUCGUGUAUGUUUGGCAUGCUUCUCAUUCAACAUGAAACGUUUUUUGUAAAUCUGUGAAUAAUUAAAAUGUUUUCGGUUCCUCCUCCUUCGAUUUAAACAAACCAAUAAACAGACGACAGUAUUCUGACGUUUAACGGCCGCGACAUUUCAUCCAAUCAAAACAGACCGGACCAAAAAAAACUUAAGAGAAAAAUCCACAUUUUGUUUCAGUCAUAACACUGUGUGUGUGUGUGUGUGUGUGUGUGUGUGUGUGUGUUUUUAAAGCCAUGUCGCUUUACUGUUAGCAUUUAGCUGUUAGCGUAGCCGCAGGGGGUUCGGUUGAUGACGUCAUUUUCAGGUCGGACGAACUCCUGCGCCAUCGUCCAAUCGGAUCAGUAGGAUUCUUUUUUGUUUAUUGUUGUUUAUUUUAUAAAUUACAGUUACCUGCUGUAGUGUCCGAACCGACCAAUCACAGACGAGGAUUGUGUCAACACAGGAACAAUAAAGUUUUAUCGUUUCAAAGCU